UUUACACGCGCUGAAAGCCGAACCAUUGCAAGAUGAUGGCUCUUUUAGAGGGAUGCGCUGGGGACCAACAUCUCACAUGAGCUCAACUCGCAGCGCCCAGGAAAUUUAGAGCAUGGAACCAAGCUGAUAUCCCAUUUCAUCAACUUCUCUCACACUUCUCAACGCGCCAAGUCAGAGGCAUCUGAAGCUAACAACCAACUACCAGGUCCUUAUAAACAAGUUACCAGCUCGCCUUGCUCCGAUCCAACAUCCAUCCACAUUUCCGAACUCUACCAUGUCUGGUCAUUUCAACAGCCCCUUCGGGGCCAACGCCAAUCCUUUCGGAGCCAAGAUGCAGAGCUUAGCGGAGGAAGAUGAGAAUGGCGCUGCUGCCCCAGUGUCCUUUGGCGUCGACGGCUCUCAAAGUGGUCCUGGUGACGCUGGGAAUCGUCCGAACCCCGACAGCUAUCCUGCACAGUACAACUUCAACCGUCGUACAUCGGUGUCGGCCGAAUCAUUGAAGCCCAGUGCCGACGAAAACGACAACUGGACACCCCCAUAUCACGAGAAAACCCCAGACCAGAUUGCGAGACUGAAGAAGGCCAUCGAGGGCAACUUCCUGUUCAGCCACCUCGAGGAUGAGCAGAGUGCACAAAUACUAGGUGCGCUAGUCGAGAAGCCAGUUCCAGCAAAGGACAUAAAGGUCAUCAGCCAAGGCGACGCCGGAGAUUUCUUCUAUGUGGUAGAAAAGGGCUCUUUCGACGUCUAUGUUAACAGCACUGGACAACUGCAGCCCGGACCUGACGGGAUGGGAUCAAAAGUGGGCAGCAUCGUGGCUGGUGGUUCUUUUGGUGAGCUUGCUCUCAUGUACAACGCCCCACGUGCGGCUACCGUCGUGUCGGCUGAGGCGAACUCGACGCUCUGGCAACUCGACCGUGUGACCUUUCGCCGCAUCCUGAUGGAGUCCACCUUUGCGCGCCGUCGCAUGUACGAAAGCUUCCUCGAGGAAGUCCCUCUGCUCUCUUCACUCACGCCUUAUGAGCGAUCCAAGGUCGCCGAUGCCCUCGAAACCCGGAAAUUCGCGCCGGGCGAAGUCAUUAUCAAGGAAGGCGAUCCGGGCCACUCAUUUUUCUUGCUAGAGUCUGGCCAGGCGGACGCUUACAAGGGCGACCCAAGCAACACGGUGAAGCACUACAAGAAGGGCGACUUUUUCGGCGAACUGGCGCUCCUCAACGAUGCUCCUCGAGCCGCUAGUGUCGUCGCCUCGUCGGACGUCAAAGUGGCCUCGCUCGGCAAGAGUGCGUUCCAAAGGCUCCUGGGGCCAGUCGAGGGGAUCAUGCGACGCACCAAAUAUGAAGGGGUCAAGUCAGGCGUGGAAGAGAUGGACCCCCUGCAUCGCGGCUAGCCGAGGCAGCCGCCAAUUGUUUCGUCACAUUAGCAUGGAAAGCAGCAUAUGAUAUAAUUCGUAUGGUAUCUGCUUUGGAACGACAUCCACGAAGGAGGAGUUGCCAUGGCAAGGGAAAUAGUGUCAAGCUGGAGGACCUUGGC